CCGGCGGUGGGGGGCGCAGAAACCACUAGGCGCGGCUGCCGGCGGGUGGGUGGCAGGCAGGCAGGCGAGCAGCGCGGGUGGACGGCGGAGCGGAGGUUCAGCAUGGAGUGGCAGGCAGAAGAGGGGCGCCGGCGCCUUCGGGACCCUCCCGGAUGGACGCCACCCUGGCGGGCGGUGCUCCUGGCAGCUUCCAUCCUCAGUUCUUCCUUCCUGUUGGCUCAGGGCCAACUAAGUACCACAACCUUUUACAACAUCUCGAUCUCCAGGAAUCCACCAGAGACAUUAGAAGGGCAGACUGUCAAUCUGACACUCGAAUACCCCACCACCAACUUUGCUCUGUGCAACUGGUACCGAGAGAUCGAUACGAAAGAACACCUGAUUGUUACUCUCUACCUACCGCCAUUAGCUGGAAACACCACUGGGCCUUUCUACACCGGGCGUGAAGUUGGAGGCUUCGGCUGCUCUCUGCUCAUUAAAAAAUUACGUUUGGACGACACUGGAACCUACGUGGUCACCAUGAAUGGACCUUCGGUGGACGGAAAAGGGGAUAUAAAGAUACAGGUCUUAGAGGCCAUCAAUCAUAUCUCCGUCAGAGACCCUGGCAAGAUUGUCGAGAAUAGCACCACAUAUCUCAACUGCACCGCCUCAGGCUUUAAUGUUUCCUAUUAUUGGCUUAAGGGGAACCAGAGGCUGCAGGCGGGAGGCCACAUAUUUUUAAGCACCAAUGGUCAAAACCUGAUCUUGAGUCGAACACGCCGUCAGGACUCGGGCCUCUACACUUGUUGUGGGAUUAACAGUUUCUCUAACAACUCCGCCAACUACAAACUGAAUGUCUUUUAUGGGCCUGAUGCCCCAGUCAUCAGCCCCAGUGGGCAAUUUUAUGCAGAAGGCUCCAAUCUCACCCUCUCCUGUCAAGCUGACUCCAACCCACCUGCUGAAUAUACAUGGUCCUUCAAGAACUCUAGACAUUCAGGGGGGAUCUAUCAACUCUUUCGUUUGUCUUCUGCCAACAAUGGGACCUAUACAUGUGAGGCCUCCAACAACGAGACCAAACUUUCCCAGUCUAAAGUCCAGCCUAUCUGUGUCCUGGAAAACCUCUCAGAGCCAAUCCUUUCGCCGUCGGAAUCUUAUGUGGCCGAGAAGAAACGUUUCACACUGAAUUGUAGUACCAUCAAUAGUUCCACGGUCACCGUCACCUGGUCCAAAGACAGUAAACCUUUCCCAACAAAUGUAAAAUUUGACCAUGAAAACCGAACCCUCACACUGCUUGAAUUCCAACAACCGGAUGCGGGGACCUAUACAUGUACGGCCCAGAACCCUUUCAGCAAAGCCACAAGCAACCCCAGCACACUUACACUGGCAUACGGGCCCAAGUCUGUUCAGUUGAACCAGUCAGGAACCAUAGAGCAGCCCCUGGGUUCCGAACUGGUUCUGCUGUGUUCUGCUGAAUCCGUGCCUCCAGCCAAGUUUGAGUGGUUCUUCAAUAACACGGUCAAGAAUGGGAUGGAGAACACACUCAAUGUUCCCUUGAAGGAUUGGGAGGAUGAAGGCAAUUACACCUGCCGGGCUACAAACCCCUUCACCAAACACACCACUUCGGCCGCUGUCUAUGUGAAGUUGACAGAUGAGAGUUCGAUACAGUCCCGUAUGUCGCCUGCAGCCAUUGCUGGAACAACUAUCGGUACUGUGGCUGGCGUGGUGCUUUGCGUGAUCGUUGUGUACUUCCUGUGCACCAAGGCUACCUGUUGGAAGAAGGAACAGCACGCAUCCAAUGGAAACAUACCCUCGGCACCCGGCCACAACCAGGCCACUGAUACCAAGUCCAAACCGGGUGAAGAAGACAUACAAUAUUCAACACUAGCUUUCAACACAAAAAACACUUCUCAGCCACUCUCAAAAUCCCCCCGGCCUUUGGACAGCGGGAUCAUUUAUUCUGAAAUCAAGAAAAAAUGAUUGUGGAUUGGUCUUUCUCUGGGAGAGGUUAUUUAACCCAGAAGCUUUCCCUCCAACCCUUCUGCUUCCUUCCUCUUUCGGCUGGAUUCCGGUGGCGAGCUUUUCUGGGGAAGAAGGGAAGGAUAAAAAAGAUCUUCUCCCAAAAGGAAGGGGAAGAAAACCCUUCCCACGUGAUCCAUUACUGUUCAGGUGCCACCCAGCCUCUCAAAAGUUGGGUGCAAAACAGCAACGACCACCGAGUUUCUCUCCAGGAUGUAAUGAAAGGGCUGGCAGCCUCGUGGGAGAGCCGGCGCAUGCAUUUUUAUCAUGUGUGCAGCAGGGAGACUGUUUCACCCCUCUGAACAGGGCAGGAGGUUGCAUUUUCAUUCUCAUUGGCCUUCCCUCCCAUUCUCGUCCUCUCUGUGAUUCCUGAGUGUGCCAAAACGGUUCCUUCUUUUUUUUGUUUGUUGUUUUGUUUUGCAAACUUGAGUUUGGUGUUGCCAGCCAGCUGUGGCUCCUACCCUCCUGGGCUUUUCGUGCCACGUGGAAAACAAAAAAAAUAUUUUUUUUUUAAAGGUCUCGUUGCCUCGGGAAAGCAUAUGAUGUGCUGCUGGUCUUCGCUGUUUUUUAGAAGCCAGAAGACCUGAUUUUCCCCAGCCAGAUCUCUGCUCCUUCUAUCUAGAUCCUCAAAUAUCCCUUUGCAAUUUUUAAAUCAAUAGGUAGAUCAAUUGGGCCUCUGUUCCUGGAGGUUGCGGUGCGAGGUGGUAACGACAAAGGGCAUUGUGAUUUUCCUUCUGGAACCGUCCUUGUUUUUUUCCAGAUCAGCUACACAAAUCAGAAGACACAAACAAACGAAGAACAGUCAAAGAGCCAGAGAGUGACGUGAGCAAUGAGGUCCCUGUUUGAAAAAUUACUUUUCCCAGGUUUCUUUUUUUUCUCCAGCAAACUGGCAUUUGCUGGGCAGGAGGGAAGGAAAAGGGUAAGCACCGGACAGAGGUUUAAUUCUCCCAGUGAGGUUUUCCAGAACUCUUGAGCGCCAGAUGAAAAUGUCUUCGGGGGUUUGUUGACAAUUCCAGAACUUUGGAUGAACUUCCUGCAAAAAAUCAAAUCAAACGUUUAUUGUCAAUGCACUACACGUGUACAAUGAACUUGAAAAACCUUGGAGCACCAUCUCUUUGGGCCGGUCCCAGCUCUUCAGACAGACUUCUUCCCUCUUGGUAGGACAGUUUGGGAUGUUGCAUGGAGCUACCAUGAGAAGAAGCUUUUCAAAUGACCUGCCAGCGUAGGAGAAUUGUAAAUACAGGGCUCAAAAGUUUAGAUUAACUUCCCCCACUGCCGAAAAAAUGCUUGAGCUGGGCAGAAAGGAAGCCAGCCUCAUUGAAGGCAACCAAGCAUGGAGAGAAGGUGUGUUUAGCCAAGGGAGUCUCCUCAUUUUGGAGAAAAAAGCAACUGCCUUUACUAACAGUUAAGCAGUCUGCCUGCUUCAAUUAAAUGGUAUUAGAAUUAGCCAGUCUGUCUUGCCUCCAAAUGCAAAGCCAUUUAAGUUCUGGAGCAGGAGAGAAGAAAAAAUGUAUUUUUUUUAAUAUCUGCUGCUUGGUGUUAGGACAGCCACUUCAGUCCCUCCACUCCUUCUGCCUUCCCUGUUUCUUUCCUCCCCCCAUCAGCUUCUCCCUUCCUGGCACGGUAGCAUCUCAUACAGCCUAGGCCUCACAACUAAUUGUCAGGUGUGGCUGCACAGCCUUGGAGCAAGAGGACAAUGGCACAGUGUUUUGGACUAAGGACGUCGCGUUUAACGUUCCCCGGUCUCCAAACGGAACCAUCUAUCAUCCUAUUUUUCUGGAAAGAGAAGAAGCUGCAAAGGAAUUCCCAUCAAGAGUCCUCGUGUUAAUUGUCGUAUUUGGCUUGGCAGGUGGUUUCGCCGUGGUUUUAAGCUGAUCUUUUUUUCAAUGGAUGUGUCUGGAUAUCUUUUUUUUUUUUAAUUUAAAUAAAAAAUAAAUAAAACGGGAAAAAGA